AUGGCUAAUAAAACAGCAAAAUUUGAAAAAUUAGUGGUAUGUGCCCUGAAAAAGCUGCAAGAUCUCCAAGGAUCCUCGCCAAAAGAAAUAACAGACUAUUUAUCGCAAGAGUAUGACGUACCGUCUAAAGAAAUAAGAAAACAAGUUCGUUUAGCACUUCGUCGUGGUGUUUCUUAUGGAAUAUUACAGCGAAGUAGUGGGUUAGUCAUCAAUAAGGGAACUUAUGUAUGCAAUAAAGAAUUUAUAAAAGAUCCUAACAGCACCGAAGUAACAGAACCGUGUCCUUGGAUGAAAUUCGGUCGGAAAUCGAAAUCCUCAGGUAAAAGCUCUGGUAAGAAGGGCCGGAAAAAGUCGAAAUCCAAAUCCAGAGGAUCCAAAAAAUCGCGCUCCAAAAAAGGUCGCAGGCGCGGAAAAAAGGGGAAAAAAGGGAAAAGUCUGAAAGGUCAUAAAGCUCGGAAGACUAAGAAAGGAAGAAAAAAGUCAGAAAACUGUUUAGUUUACUUGCGAGUCGACAAAAAUAAAUUAUCCCGUAAAAAAAGUAAAACAAAAAAACGGAGUCGUAGUCAAAAAAGAAAAUCUCCAGGUUGCUGAUAUUUUUUUGAUGUUUUUUAUUAUUUUUUGGAUAAAUAUAUACUGUAUAAAAUUAAUACGGCCCUGUGGUGGCCUUGCUGGCUAAUGAUACUUGUUAAUAAUGCGUUUUGUAGAUGCGUACUUUUUAUAUACAAAUAUAUACACAUACUUGUAUAAAAUAUAAUAAUUAUGUGUGCCUAAUUUCCGAAAUGCUAUUUAAUUGGUAAUUCAAUUUUUUCAGAGUUUAUAUAUUUUUUUGCAGCUACAACUUAAUUUUUUUUUCUGAAUAAUUUUUCGCUGUAUAGUGAAACGAGUUUCGUGUGAAGAAUAUAAAUAUUUUUCGAAAUAUAAAAAUUAAAAAAAUAUGAUAAAUUAAAAUAGUAUAUAGUUGACAGUAAAUGACGAAAGGCUACGCGCGUUAACCCGAAAAUAUCUAUCUCGCGAGAUAUGUCGAAACCUGGCAUAAGUUUUGGCUUGGACCCAAACAUUCGAGUUGUGUUCUUUGAGUAUACACUCGAAAUGAAUCUCGUGAGUAAAAAGAACCGAUGAUGAAGAAGACCAACACGAGACCAAGAAGAAGACGAAGAUGAUGAUAAUGAUGAAGAAGAAGAAGAAGAAAUAAAAUUGCGCGUGUGUUAAGUCAAUACGUCACGAGGAAUGAAGAAGGAGACAGGAAGAAAAACUAAUUUUCGUUGUCGUUUAAACUAUUUUUAAUGCUGUCCAUCAACUUGACUUAAAUAACUCAUAAAAUAUAACAGAGCAUACUCCAAUAAACAUUACCUGAAAUUUAUAAAACUGUUUUAAAACAUUUUUUUGUAUAGAAAAAAAAUAAAUUAUAAAUUAAAAUAAUCCGUCAAUGUACAGCUGUGAGCCCAUUUUAAAAAAAAACUUAAAAGAUAAACACUUGCGUUAAAUUUAAAAUUUAAAGAGACGCAAUAAAAAAAUAAUUCAUCAGAUAAACAUUUAAAAACGUUUAAUAAAUUUUUACGUAUCGUUAUCUGUAGAAAUAAAAUUAUUUAAACUGAACCAGCUCAACUCGACAUUACAUUUUUUAUUUUUUUUGUUUUAUAUCAACACACGAUAUCGCGUAUCAAGUGUGACACCAGGCGGAAUGUUUGAUCGAAGCUUCUUAGCAUUUAAAAUAAUUUAAACUCACACAUAUCAGCCGUAGGUGAGCGUAUAUUAAUUUUUUGUUACCAGAGCAGAACCUUGGAAUAAGUAACUAAAAAAUAAUUUAAAAUGAAUGAAUGGACUUUGAAGCUGAACGUGUCCACAUUAUUGAAAACAUGUUCAGUUGUUUUGAUCAGUGCAAGUUGUUGAAACAGUACAGAACAAGAUCUAAAGUACAAGAGUAGAGAGCAUACACACAGCUAAGCUAGAUAAGGUCAGGCACGCGUGAGAUUGAUGAUGGGUAUUUUUUUGUAAAAUAUUUAAAAUAUUUAAAAAACCUGCACGUUUGAUAUGAAGUAAACGCAUUACAUAUUGUAUUACCAUACAAUAGACCUGAAGAGUAAGAGAAGAAUUGCGAGAUCUAUCCGGCAACGGGCACCUUCUGAUAAGAUCAUGAGAAAGGAAUCCUUUCAUUUCGGAUAUCAGCAAAUAUGUAAAUUAACGAAUCGCGCGUAGCUCAGUCGUUGAGUCGCGACUCGCGGUCAUACGUCGCCCGCAAGCGGAUGGUGUUCUGCAUGGUUGCUCACCCUGAACCGUCCACCGUGGCUGAAUACUAUCAUGACGUCAUCUGAUACGGUCACUGCUUGAAUUAUUCAGCGUACAUAUAUAUCUAUAUAUACGUAUAUAUUUUCAGUAAGCUGUAAUCAGGGCAAGGGCUACUGGGAUAUUGCACGUUUGUUUGACUUAAACUGAAAAAUAAAAAAAAACUUAACGGUGUAACGUAAAAUUUAUCUUUACAUUUAUAUUUAAAAAAGUUGUUUCGAAAUUUAUUACAAAAAGUGUGAGAUAAAAAAGGAUUAAGAGAUAAUAAAAGGCACGAAGAAUGUGGGGACUAAAAUUAAAAUACUUAAUAUAAAUGUAUAUAAGAGAUGGAAAAUUUAUUUUUGGUGCAUUCCAAUGGGAAUGGAAAGCAAUCUCGGUUUAUA